AUGCAUAAUCGGCAGCGGCUGACUAGGUUCCUGUCUUGUGGGCACAUAGGAAACAGCGUGUAACAACAGUGGAACCCGGUUAACAAUCGUUCAGCCCAUUGAAGCUCCAAACAGAGAUUUGAGAUCCAGAGUUUCAAACAGGUGUUUCAGGAACGAUAACUCUAUUCUGUAAUCUUUGUUUACAUGUGGACAUGAUACCAGGUUGUGAAACAGAGAAGCUGGAAAGAGACAAUAUAAAUGCUGGAAAGUUGAAUGUAGGGUUUCAUAUGAAUGCUAAACACCAGGAUUUUUUUUUUUUUUUCAGUUUGACAAUUAUUUAACUUAGGAUGGAAAUAACAUUUCUUGGGACAGCAUCAGCCUACCCAACACCAUCAAGAGGAGUGUCCUGCGUUGUUCUCAAGCAUGAUAACUGGUGCUGGAUGUUUGACUGUGGAGAAGGAUCCCAAAUUCAGCUGAUGAAGAGUCCUCUAAAACCAGGGAAAAUCAGCAAAAUAUUCAUAUCUCAUCUCCAUGGAGAUCACUGUUUUGGGCUCCCAGGCCUCAUGUGCACCAUCAGCCAGAACAACGCUAGGACGGAGCCAGUGGAGCUCUAUGGACCGCUGGGACUGAGGAAGUUCCUCCGUGUAUCCCUUGAGCUGUCUCGCUCACAGCUCGGGUUUGACUACAUCGUUCAUGAGCUGCAGGUGCUUGAUAGCCAACUGCCUGCUGAUUGGAUGGAAUGGACAGUAGACCACGCCGCUGAUGAAAAACUCCAUCCAAACGAGAAGGCAGGUAGACUUAUCUCCCCUGAUGAAAAUGGUGUGUGGCAACUGUUCAAUGAUGGGAAGUUCCAUGUGCAGGGUGUUCAACUCCAACAUCGGGUGCCAUCGUUUGGGUUCGCUAUACAGGAGGCACCUCAACCAGGAAGAUUUGACGUGCAGGCAGCUAAGUCUCUGGGGAUCCCACCUGGGCCCCUGUAUUCUAAACUCAAGUCAGGAGAAGCAGUUGUCCUUGAAGAUGGGACUAAGGUGGAUGCGAGUGAGGUGGUCGGCCCAUCCAGACCUGGCCGUCACAUCCUGGUGAUGGGAGACACCAGUGACUCCUCCGAGGUGGUCAAGGUAGGGAGAGGAGCAGAUGUCCUCAUACAUGAAGCAACACUGGAGAACGCCCUGUGGGAGAAGUGCUUGGAGAAUGGUCAUUCCACACCAGCAAUGGCGGCGGAGUUGGCACAGCAGCUGGAUGUGGGACAACUUAUACUCACCCACUUCAGUCAGAGAUACAGGCCGCUAUCAUAUGAUGCUCAGGAAGGGGAGGACUCGGUGAAGAAGCUGCUUGAAGAGGCUGAGAAUGUCCUGGGGAAGGGCAAGGUCAUCUGUGCUGAAGACAUGUUCUCCUACACAGUACCAAUGAAGAAGACUUGAAACAUUCCUGAUAUGAUGAACUCUGUCUUGGAGUGACCAGUAUCGACAGGUUCUCCCCACUGGGAAGACUGAGACUAUAAAUGAUGAACCGUUCAGUUUGUAGAUGGUGUGUGAGGACACAGGCCUUGGAUGACUGAGGUCUCUGUUGCUGAUGUUUGAAACGGUGUCCAUGAUGUCAUCGGCAUGUAUGACUGAAGAUCUCUGUUGCUGAUGUUUGAAAUGGUGUCCAUGAUGUCAUCGGCAUGUAUGACUGAGGUCUCUGUUGCUGAUGUUUGAAACGGUGUCCAUGAUGCCAUCGGCAUGUAUGACUGAAGGUCUCUGUUGCUGAUGUUUGAAAUGGUGUCCAUGAUGUCAUCGGCAUGUAUGACUGAGGUCUCUGUUGCUGAUGUUUGAAACGGUGUCCAUGAUGCCAUCGGCAUGUAUGACUGAAGUCUCUGUUGCUGAUGUUUGAAACAGUGUCCAUUAUGCCAUCGGCAUGUAUGACUGAAGAUCUCUGUUGCUGAUGUUUGAAACGGUGUCAAUGAUGCCAUCGGCAUGUAUGACUGAAGGUCUCUGUUGCUGAUGUUUGAAACGGUGUCCAUGAUGCCAUCGGCAUGUAUGACUGAAGGUAUCUGUUGCUGAUGUUUGAAACGGUGUCCAUGAUGCCAUCGGCAUGUAUGACUGAAGGUAUCUGUUGCUGAUGUUUGAAAAAGUUCCCAGUAAUUUAUGCUUGUCGUACAAAGCGACCGAAUAAAUCUUGUACAAACUUCCUUGACUGGACUUGGGUGUCACCAUAGCCAAAUUGUGAGGGCUGAUCCUCAUGAUAUCACUUACUGAUUUGUCUGAAUAAUCCAGUGAUUGACAUCAUGAGAAUCUAUCUACAAAAUUGGGAUAUGAUGACAUGCAUCAACCACGUCAGCAAGCCUGAUGACCUGAUCCAUUCGUCCUCUUAUGACAAGCAAACGCUGUGAAGACCAAUCCUAACCCGGACCUUCACGGAUCUGCAACUAAUUCGUUCAGGGAAGAAGAAGAAAUUUAAAUUGAAUAUUAAUGAUAUGUACUUUUUGUCAAUUUAUUAGAGGUUUUUUGUUAUGAAUUGUUGUUUAUCAAAAUAUUGUUGACAAUAAAUUUAGUCACUGCUUAUUAUUAACAGGUGUGCUGCAGUGUCAUAAUUCUAUUUCCAAAUGUGUAUUUCAAUACUUGGCCAUAGUUUCCAUGCAACUUACAAAAUUACAUCAAAAACGUAUAUGCACCUUUCCACCUGUCUAUAUUUCUUAAUAACAGUUUGUCCACAAAAAUAACUUUAAACAGAAAGGAAGAACAUUUCCUACCCUUUUGGUUUAUCAGCUAGACAAACCAAUACUAGUAUAAUGUUAAAUUGCAUAAGUUACCUGUGUUCAUGAAACAUGUCAACCCUUCUUUUCUCCUUUGGUAUAUGUAACAAGUUACUUUACAUGUACAUUAUCAUGAGAAGGUUAUCACUAAAUGCAAUAGAACAUGUAUGCUCCUCACUUAAAUUAUCAAUGAAUAAAACUACACGUGGACUCCA